UAUCGCAUGGCGCCAAUGCGUCCGAAAUCAAACCAACUCGAUAUCUAAUGUGUUAUACUGAUGAUUUCGGGAGAAAUUUCGUAUUUUUGUUUAGUUUAUGAUACACAUGUUUCAAUAUCGAUUUGUUUGAACACUUUGGAAUAUAUAACAUUUUGUAGAUCGAAUGCUGUGCAUUACAUUUAAGAAUUAAGUAUCUGUUUACCUUGAAUAUGGGUUUCAUCUAUGCUGGAAGGAUAUUUGACAAACGAGGAAUUUCCCGUUUACUGAGGCUAAAUGAAUACUUUCAUAUAUGUCGGCAUUAUCAAAAUAAAACUUUAGAACUGAAAACUGAGAAAAUUUCGGCAAGAGAAGUCAGACAGUUGUUUUUGGACUAUUUUGUUAAAGAAAAGAAUCAUACUUAUGUACAUUCUAGUCCAGUAUUUUUGAAUAACGAUCCUUCCUUGUUAUUCGUUAAUGCUGGUAUGAAUCAGUUUCGAUCCUUGCUGAUGAAUAAAACACACACUGGACAUCCUUUACAUGGAUUAAAGAGGGUGGCUAAUAGUCAAAAAUGCAUUCGUUUAAGUGGAAAACACAAUGAUUUGGCUGAUGUUGGCAAAGAUCUUCAUCAUCAUACAUUUUUUGAAAUGCUUGGAAAUUGGUCAUUUGGUGACUAUUCAAAGAAAGAAGCUUGUGAAAUGGCAUGGGAGCUUUUAACCAAAAUUUAUGGUCUAAAUUCAGAGAAUCUUUAUGUGACUUAUUUUAAUGGAGACAGUAAACUUGGAGUGCCACCUGAUGAAGAAUGUAAAAAUAUUUGGCUUGAUAUUGGCAUUCAUCCAAGUCAUAUUUUCCCCUUUGGAACAAAAGAUAAUUUUUGGGAAAUGGGUGAUGUAGGACCUUGUGGCCCUUGCACUGAAAUACAUUAUGAUUUUUUAUCCUCUGGCUCUGAAUCAGCUGCUCAAAGAAUAAACUCUGGUAGAUCUGAUCUGAUUGAAAUAUGGAAUUUAGUUUUCAUUCAGUACAACAGGUUGCCAGAUGGCAUGCUUAAAGCUCUUUCGUCAUUAAAUGUAGACACUGGAAUGGGCUUUGAAAGACUUACUGCAGUUAUUCAAGGAACAAUGUCAAAUUACAACACUGAUAUAUUUAUUCCAUUAUUUAAAGCAAUUGAGAAAAAUUUCAAGGUUCAACCCUAUAAAGGCAAAACUGGAUGCCAUGAUGUUGAUGGCUUAGAUACUGCUUAUCGAAUAUUGGCUGACCAUAGUCGCAUGUUUACUGUGUCCAUAGCUGAUGGCAUUUUUCCUGAUUACAAUGAUGCAGGGUCUGUCCUUCGUAAAAUAAUUAGGAGAGCAGCAUACACUGCAAAUCGUGUCAUGAAAACUCGACCUGGAAUUCUUACAUCAUUAGUGCCAUAUGUUGCUGAAUCUCUAGAUUUUUAUCCUGAAAUAGGAAAACAUGUUAAGGAGGUUAUAGAUAUUGUAAAUGAAGAAGAAAAAUUGUUUCAUCAGUUAGUGAACAAAGGUCGCAAAGUACGUAACAAAAUGAUGUCAGAAAGUACAGGAAAUGUAUUUGAUGGACAGAAAUUGUGGGAAUUGCAUGAAAUUCAUGGUUUAGAGGAAAAUGUUAUUCAGGAUUUACUGUUGGAAGUUAAUAUCUUACCAGAUUGGGAAAGUUAUAAACAAGUCACGAAGGAAAAGCAACAACACAGAAGUUCUCAGUUUGGAGAAAAAUCAAACAGCAUGUUAGAACUGCUAAAAAUUCUGGAAAAUGAAAGUAUUCCAGCCACUAAUGACAUAUUCAAGUACAGGCAUUAUACUGAUAAAAAUAAAUUUGGUGUUGAAAGUAUAACUUCCUCUGUUCUUGCGAUCAUAAGCGAUGGAAAACUUUCAUCAGAAGUACAAAAGGGUAACCACUGUAUAAUAGUAACAGACAAAACUAACUUUUAUUCUGAAGCUGGAGGACAAGUUUCUGAUGUUGGAAAUAUUUAUGGUAAGGACUUUAGUUUUCAAGUUGAAAAUGUGACUUCUUCUCAUGGGUUUGUCUUUCACCAUGGAACUGUUACUGGUGGCACCUUGAAAUGUGAACAAGUUCAGAUGUCUGUUAAUGAGGCUCAUCAUCUUGCUUGUGCCCAGAACCAUACAGCAACUCAUUUAUUAAAUGCAGCUUUGAGAAAACUUUUACCAUAUACUAUGCAGCGUUCUUCAUAUGUCGGACCUAAACAUCUGCGACUUGGCUUUAGUGCAAGAAAAAUAUUAAGUACAGAACAAGUUAAGGAAAUUGAAAGCUUUGUCAAAAGUUGUAUUGAACAGAACCUGAAAGUGAAAAGAUUGGAAAUGCCAUUUGAGGCACUGUUAGAUAAUCCAAAAGCUGUAGUGCUGCGUGGUGAGGAAUAUCCUGAGAUUGUUUCAGUGAUCGCUAUUGAAUCUAACAGGGAUGAUGGCGAACUCAUUUCAUUAGAACCGUGCUGUGGGACUCAUGUGCAUAAUACUGCAGAUCUUCUAGACUUCACUGUUAUACCAUCCAAAUCAUUUGGUGGAGCAACCAAGAGCUUAAGUGCUGUAACUGGAAUGCAAGUUUCUACUACAAGAAAAAAUGGUGAAUUUCUGGAAAAAGAAAUUUUUCAACUUAAGACGGAGGUGGAACAAACAUUACAGGAAAUCAAUGUUCCUUUGGAUACCAUCUCAGCACAUCUUAAAAAAGUCAAGAGCUUAACAAAA